GCAUGCUCCGUGAGAUGUAAACAUUUGGUACUAGGCCGCCGCCGUCUGUCUAAACUUUGCAGACAUUUGUGUAACGUUACACGUAUUAUACAGCUGCAUGGGCUGGACCGAAGAGUCAAUGGAAACUAGCUAGCAUACUAAGCACUGGCUAGCUUUCAAGGGGAAACCUAGCUAUGCUAACUUGGAAAAUAUAGCUAAUGUAUUCGGGUAAAGACUUCGAAAACCCGUCUUUUUCUUGUAAUAGUAGGACUAUACUUUUGUGCAUGGGAAGCAGGCGACGUUUGCUGCGGCUGGUUAAAAAGGCUUCAAGGUGGCGACAGACAAAGUUGCUGGUAAGCUGAGUUCUACUCUCUCAUGGGUAAAGAACUCAGUGUCCCACACGGUCAGUCAGAUGGCUAGCCAGGUGGCCACGCCCACGUCCCUGCAGACCACUGCCACAUCCUCCUCUACAUCUCCGUCUUCACCUGCCCUCUCGCCAUCCUCACCGGCGCUGCUCAGUCCUGACGAUGUGGAGCUGCUUGCCAAGCUCGAGGAGCAAAACAGGCUGCUAGAGACAGACAGCAAAUCGCUGCGCUCAAUGAAUGGCUCCAGGCGAAACAGUGGCUCCUCCCUGGUGUCCAGCUCCUCUGCCUCCUCCAACCUCUCCCACCUUGAGGAGGACACGUGGAUCCUGUGGGGACGAAUUGUCAAUGAGUGGGAGGAGGUGCGCAAGAAGAAAGAAAAGCAGCUUAAGGAUCUUGUCAGAAAAGGGAUUCCUCACCACUUUCGGGCAAUAGUGUGGCAGUUGUUGUGCAACGCCCAGAAUAUGCCCAUCAAGGAUCAAUACUCAGAACUCCUAAAGAUGACAUCACCCUGUGAGAAGCUGAUUCGCAGAGACAUCGCCCGCACAUAUCCUGAACAUGAAUUCUUUAAGGAGAAAGACAGCUUGGGCCAGGAAGUGCUCUUCAAUGUUAUGAAGGCAUAUUCUCUGGUUGACCGUGAAGUUGGCUAUUGUCAAGGAAGUGCAUUCAUUGUAGGACUGCUACUCAUGCAGAUGCCAGAAGAGGAGGCUUUCUGUGUGUUUGUGAAAUUGAUGCAGGACUACAGAUUACGAGAGCUCUUCAAACCCAGUAUGGCUGAGCUGGGACUCUGCAUGUACCAGUUUGAGAGUAUGAUCCAGGAGCAACUCCCAGAGCUGCAUAUUCAUUUUCAGGCUCAAAGCUUUCACACUUCCAUGUAUGCCUCCUCCUGGUUCCUUACCAUCUUCCUCACCUCCUUCCCACUGCCCGUCGCCACAAGGAUGUUUGACAUCUUCAUGUGUGAGGGUCUGGAGGUAGUUUUCCGUGUGGGACUAGCCAUCCUUCAGAUGAACCAAACUGAACUCAUCCAGCUUGACAUGGAGGGAAUGUUGCAGCAUUUUCAGAGGGUCAUCCCACACCAGCUUGACAGUGGGCCAGAUAAGGUCAUCCAGGCUGCUUAUCAAGUUAAAUACAACGCCAAGAAGAUGAAAAAGUUAGAGAAAGAAUACACUACAAUAAAAACUAAAGAGAUGGAGGAGCAGGUGGAAAUAAAGAGGUUGCGGACAGAGAACAGGCUCCUGAAGCAGAGGAUAGAUACACUAGAGAAAGAAAGUGCUUCCUUGGCAGAUAGAUUGAUCCAGGGACAAGUGACUCGAGCUCAGGAGGCAGAGGAGAACUACCUGGUCAAGCGGGAGCUGGCCACAGUCAAACAGCAAGGUGAAGAGGCCAGUGCUCUGCUAGAGCAGGCCAAGACAACCAUCAGGCAGUUCCAGCAGCAGCAGCCGCAAGCGAAAAGAGCCCCUCGGUACUCCGAGGAGUCCGUGCUGCAGCUGGAGAGAGAGCUUGUGCAGGCCCGGCUGAAGGAGGCAGAGUCUCAGUGCGCUCUCAAGGAGAUGCAAGACAAGAUCCUGGAUAUGGAAAAGAGGAACACAUCACUACCAGAUGACACCAAUGUGGCACGUCUUCAAGAGGAACUAAUAGGGGUGAAGCUGAGAGAGGCAGAGGCUCUGACUGGCCUGAAAGAGCUGCGACAGCAAGUCAGAGACCUGGAAGAGCACUGGCAGCGUCACUUGGCACGCACUGCUGGUCGCUGGAAGGACAGCCCCAGGAAGAAUACCCUGAGUGAGCUGCAGGACGAGCUGAUGAGUGUGAGGCUACGUGAGGCUGAGGCCCAGGCAGAGCUUCGGGAGACACGGCAGAGGAUGCUGGAGCUGGAAACACAGGUCAGAUGCCUGCGACGGGCAGAGCAAGACAGUCGUUGUCUCCAGGAGUGUGUACAAACACUGACGGUUCAAAAUAAAGAUCUGAAUGUGCAACUGCAAGAGAUCAAGCGGAGACAAGCUGAGAUUGAGUGCAAGAGCAAGGAAGAGGUGAUGGCAGUGAGGCUGCGGGAAGCUGACAACAUAGCUGCUAUGGCUGAACUACAGCAACAGAUCUCAGAGCUUGAGAUUCAGAAAGAAGAAGGAAAGGUCCAAGGCCAGCUGAACCACACAGACUCGAGCCAGUACAUCCGCGACCUCAAAGACCAGAUAGCAGAGCUAAAACAUGAGAUUUGCUGCUUAAAAGGACAGAGGGGCUUGGCCAAUCAGUCCACUUUUGAUGGAGUACACAUGAUCAAUCACUAUGUGGAGGAUGAUGGGUCUUACCAGUCUUCAGAUGAAGAAGGAGUCAAGGGACCGACCCUCCACAACACCCAGCAGAGGAGCGGGGUCCGGAUCAGACUGCGGCCCAACCUCAGGGACACCGACAGUGAGGACGAGGAGGACGAGGAGGAGGACGACGAUGAGGCCUUGCGACUCUCUGUACCUCAGGGCGUCAGCCACAAGUCCACCACCGUGAUAUUAAAGCACUUGGACCCGCAGCUCCCCACCAGUGGAGAUCGGGUCUUUGCAGAGUUCAGAGCGAGCAGCAGCGUCCUUUCCAGCUGGAUUAUUGUCCGUGAUCAGUCUGCUCUCAGAUCAGAGAUGCCUCGCUCCUUCAUGGUGAAGAGUAAGAAGGCGCACAGUUACCACCAGCCCCGCAGUUUGGAGGAUGACUACAGCAGGCUGGAUACUAUACUGGCUCACAUAUGCUCAGAUGCUGACUGCGCUCCUCCCUGUGACCUCUCAGAAGCAGAUAAGCUUGAAGAUGAUACCGAGAUGUCGGUGGACAGGUACGGCCUCUCUCCGGACUCCCACCUGGCCGACGCUGCUGAUUUGUCCCCGAAGUCCCCGCUGAGCUGCGCCGACAGCCUGUCCGAUCGCUCCCCGGACUAUGAGGAUUUCUGGAGGCCUCCGUCCCCCUCCGCAUCCCCGGUUGAUUCGGAGAAGUCCCUGUCUCCUCUGGUGGAUGAGACCCAGCCCUUCACUAUUCCUUUCCGGCCGUAUGCGUGGAGCAGCUACCAGGGACCGGGGCUGAGGCCAAUGGUGCAGGAGAGCCUUCACCCCGGUAUGGAGGUGGACAGGGGCCCCGCGGCGUUGGCCUUAUACGGGGACAGGAGCACCCAUUUGGCCCUGUAUACAGACCGGACUCUGGACGAGGAGACUUACGGUGACUACAGGAGGCACGCUGCUGCCUUGCUGUUCCCAGAGGGAGGCCUGCAUAGAAAACCCCACCAUGUGAAGGCCCAGUCUGACCUGCUGUGCUCCAGUCUGAUCCUCAAUGGUGCUUACAAGUGUAUCAAGUGCAGUAAGGUGUUUUCCACUCCGCACGGUUUAGAAGUCCACGUCCGCAGAUCGCACAGUGGCACCAGGCCAUUUGCGUGUGAAAUAUGCGGCAAAACUUUCGGACACGCAGUCAGCCUGGAACAACACAAAGCCGUGCACUCUCAGGAAAGAAGUUUCGACUGCAAAAUAUGCGGUAAAAGUUUUAAGAGGUCGUCUACUCUGUCGACGCACCUGCUUAUCCACUCCGACACUCGGCCAUACCCCUGCCAGUACUGCGGGAAGAGGUUCCACCAGAAAUCCGACAUGAAGAAACACACUUUCAUCCACACAGGUGAGAAGCCACACAAAUGCCAGGUUUGUGGGAAAGCGUUCAGCCAGAGCUCCAACCUCAUCACACACAGCAGGAAACACACCGGCUACAAACCGUUCGGCUGCGACCUCUGCGGCAAAGGUUUCCAGAGGAAAGUGGAUCUGCGGAGACACAAAGAGACGCAGCACGGACUGAAAUGAAGCGAUCACUGCGCACACCAUGUCCUGUCAUCUGAGUCUUUGAUUCAGUAUUCUUGAAACGAGUGAGGACAUCUAACAGACAUUUUAGACAGUAGACAUUUUUCCCACCUUGAGGACAUUUCUUGGAUCAAGAUUCACUUUGAACCAUCUUUAGCUUUGUGAAAACUUAUAGAAAUAUCUAAAUAUCUCCGCCGACAUUGUUUAUUUAUUUUAAUAAAGAAAAUGUAUAUGUCUCAUAAAUGAAACAAACUGUGUCUUCUUCUGACGGACAUUUUGCAGUGCGAAGACAUCAACACUAAUUAUUCAACGGAAUGUUAUAAAUGUCCAAAAAAA